AUGACGAAACCGUCGCGCGAGCGCGCGCGCACGUCGAAGGCGACGCCGGCGGCGUCCGCGCGCGGCGUCGGGGCGACGACGACGACGACGAAGGCGAAGGCGAAGGCGAAGCGCGCCGCCGACGGUGGGCGAGGCGACGGCGCGGCGCGCGACGACGCGAAACGGGGACGCGACGCGCGCGCGAGCGGUGAGGAAGGGGCGAAAGCGAACGAUGACGAUGGGUUCGACGUCGACGCGCUGUUCGGGGACGCGAAGAAGCGCGCGGUGAAGAUGAAUUCGGGCGCGCGAGAGGCGGCGGCUGCGGCGGAGGCGCCGCGCGUGCGCGUGCUGCUCCCGGGACAGAAGAAACCGAAACAGAAGAGAGAUAAGCCAGAGUUUACGCCCGUAGAUAAACCGCGAAGGUAUGAGGACGGUUUGCCGGUGUAUAAAUCGUACGGGGAUUUCAGCGACAUGAAGGCGGGGCAGUGCGACGACGGGAACGGGAAGAAACGGGGACCGAACGGCGAACCGGGCGGAGAUUGUCCUUUCGACUGCUGGUGUUGCUUCUGA